AUGUAUAAUUCCGUAGCAGAGAAUGUCCUUGGGACUAUUGGUACGAUAUUAUGGUGCAUUCAAUUAGUGCCUCAGAUAAUCCGGAAUUUUUAUGUGAAAGAUUGUGAAGGUGUACCAAGUGUGAUGAUGUUUCUAUGGGCUCUUAGCGGCGUUCCAUUUUCUAUAUAUUUCUUUGGUACUGAUGGAUCGAUACCACUCAGAAUACAACCACAGCUAUUCACUCUUUUCUGUGUGGUUACAUGGAUACAAACAUUAUAUUAUCCGCCGGUGCAACUUGGACUAAGGAAGGUAAUCAUUUACGCUAGUACGUUUAUUAUAAUAGCGGCUGGAGCUGAAGUAGGAUUCAUAUUGUGGUUGCGUCCAAUUUACCGAGGAGGAAAGGAAUGGCCUAUGCUAAUAAUUGGUAUAAUUGCAACGAUAUUGAUUGCACUAGGGCUUAUUCCUCCAUAUUUUGAAUUGGCCAAACGUCGAGGACGAGUGAUCGGCAUAAAUUUCAUAUUUCUAUGCAUGGAUUCUCUUGGAGCCUUAUUUUCCUUAUUAAGCAUUGUGGUGGGCACAAUGGACAUAUUGAGUAUCGUGCUAUAUGCUGUUGUAAUUGCAUUGGAAUUUGGCAUAUUCGCUAGUCAUUUUAUAUGGUAUAUUAGAUUUGGGAAGAAAGAGAAAGCAAAGGAGAAUCAUCAGGAAUGGGACCAGGAACAGGUAGCGGAGUCUGAAUAUGAUAGCUCACAAGAAGGCUCACAAGAAGACUCACAAGAAGACUCACAAGAACACUUACAAGCGCAGGAAUACAAACAAGAAUACGGACAAGAACAUGAAAACUACGUACAUGAGAAUGAGGAAGACGAAAGGGUAGAGAUUCAAAAUCAGAUAUCAAGAAGUGACAAAUUGGAAUAUGAAUACGAAAAAUAUAAUAAUUACUAUAUAUAG